UUCUCUCGUCUCUCGUUUCCCUGCCCUCACUCUCUCCAUCAGAAAUCGAAGCCAAAAAAUAAAUUAAAGGAAAAAAAAGAGACGAUCUUUUUGCUACGUACGUAGGGUUUGGAGAAAUCUUGAAGAAGAAGAAGAAUGGUGAAGGUUCGAAUGAACACGGCCGACGUGGCGGCGGAGGUGAAGUGCCUCCGCAAGCUCAUCGGCAUGCGCUGCUCCAACGUCUACGACAUCACCCCCAAGACUUAUCUGUUCAAGCUGAUGAACAGUAGUGGUAUUACCGAGUCUGGGGAAAGUGAAAAGGUUCUGUUGCUGAUGGAAAGUGGUGCCAGGUUGCACACUACUGAAUACGUUCGGGACAAGCAUACAACUCCUUCAGGAUUUACUCUAAAGUUACGGAAGCACAUACGGACAAGAAGGCUUGAAGAUGUGCGACAACUCGGAUAUGAUCGGAUUAUUCUUUUUCAGUUUGGCUUGGGUGCCAAUGCACAUUAUGUUAUUCUUGAGUUAUAUGCUCAAGGAAAUAUUAUUUUGACAGAUUCUGAAUACACAGUCUUGACUCUUCUUCGGUCUCAUAGAGACGAUGAUAAGGGAUUGGCAAUUAUGUCACGCCAUCGUUACCCCAUUGAAGCUUGCCGCAUUUUUGAAAGGACUGACUUUGCAAAGUUAAAAGCGUCACUUACUUGUAGCAAGACAUAUGAUGGUGAUGGAUCAUCUGAAGUUAAUGCCAAUGAAAAUCCUUCUAUUACACUGAAAGCUGUAAAGGGCACCAUGAAAAACGACUUACCUGUUUCAAAUAAGAAAGGCAAUGAUGGUAAAAAGUCUAGUAAAGCUACUUUGAAGACCAUUCUUGGGGAAGCAUUAAGCUAUGGACCAGCACUCACGGAGCAUAUCAUAUUGGAUGCUGGUCUGCUUCCUAAUAUGAAAGUUGGAGAUGAUGAGAAUAGUAAAAUUGAUGAGGGAAUUAUUCAGGCUUUGAUGAAAGCAAUCACCAGAUUUGAGGACUGGCUUACAGACAUUUUAUCUGGCGAAAAAGUUCCGGAGGGUUAUAUUCUGAUGCAGAAUAAAACCGUCGAGAAGAAGGAUUUUGCCCCCCUUCAGGAUUCUACUGUGAAUAAGGCCUAUGAUGAGUUCUGCCCAAUUCUGCUGAAUCAGUUUAAGUCGAGGGAAUGUAUGAAGUUUGAGACAUUUGAUGCUGCAGUAGAUGAAUAUUAUAGUAAACUUGAAAGUCAAAGAGUAGAACAGCAGCAAAAGGCAAAGGAGGGUUCUGUUGUGCAAAAGCUUAACAAAAUUCGAUUGGAUCAGGAAAAUCGUGUGCAUAUGCUGAAGAAGGAAGUGGACCACUCUAUAAAAAUGGCAGAGCUGAUUGAAUACAAUUUAGACGAUGUCGAUGCAGCUAUUUUAGCUGUUCGUGUUGCACUUGCAAAUGGAAUGGACUGGGUGGAUCUGGCUCGCAUGAUAAAGGAAGAAAGAAAAUCUGGAAAUCCUGUUGCUAGCCUUAUUGAUAAGCUCCAUUUAGAAAGAAAUUGCAUUACUCUUCUAUUGAGUAACAAUCUGGAUGAUAUGGAUGAUGAUGAGAAAACAUCACCUGUUGACAAGGUAGAAGUCGAUUUGGCACUUUCUGCACAUGCAAAUGCAUGUCGUUGGUUUGAAUUAAAGAAGAAACAGGAGAAUAAACAAGAAAAAACCAUCACAGCUCAUGAGAAGGCUUUCAAAGCUGCAGAGAAGAAGACACGCCUCCAACUUGCUCAGGAAAAGACUGUUGCUGCUAUUACUCACAUACGCAAAGUUCAUUGGUUUGAAAAAUUCAACUGGUUCAUUAGCAGUGAAAAUUAUUUGGUUAUCAGUGGUCGUGAUGCACAACAAAAUGAGAUGAUUGUCAAGCGUUAUAUGUCCAAAGGGGAUCUCUACGUGCACGCAGAGCUACAUGGAGCCUCUAGUACAGUGAUAAAAAAUCACAAGGCUGAUCAUUCCAUACCGCCUCUUACAUUGAAUCAAGCAGGAUGCUUCACUGUGUGUCAUAGCCAGGCGUGGGAUUCAAAAAUUGUCACAAGUGCUUGGUGGGUGUAUCCUCAUCAAGUGAGUAAAACAGCUCCUACUGGUGAAUAUCUUACUGUCGGUAGUUUCAUGAUACGUGGCAAAAAGAACUUCCUCCCUCCACAUCCCCUUGUCAUGGGCUUUGGCAUUCUAUUUCGGUUGGAUGAGAGCUCCUUGGCAUCCCAUCUGAAUGAAAGGAGGGUAAGGGGUGAGGAUGAAAGUCUAAAUGAAAUUGAAGGAGAGACUCAUAAAGACCAGAGUGAUUCUGAUUCAGGUGAAGAAGUCAUUGAUGAAGGUGGCAUAAACAAGGAAUUGGUUCAUGUUUCAUCACUGAGCAGUGGCCAUUCUGAAGUAAAGGUAGAGGGAUCUCAUGCUGCUACUAAUCUUAAAACUUCUGGUUACACUGAAGGAACUGUUGGAGAUGAUGCAUCCCAAUUAGAUAAGAUUCAUAAUGAGAAUCUAUCUACUAUUGAUGAAACUAGUCGACCUUCAAUUUCACCACAACUUGAGGUUCUCCUCGAUGAAGCUCUUGGUGUCGGCUCUGCUAAAUUAUCAACUAAAAAUACUGGAAUAGAUGAUUGUCAGUUACCUGCUAAAGAGAACCAUAAUGGGAAAAAGGGUACAAUAAGAGAGAAGCCUUACAUUUCGAAGGCAGAAAGACGAAAAUUGAAGAAAGGUCAGAAGAAUGAUAGUGAUGAUAUUGCUAAUGACAUGAAUGAAAAAGAAGAGAGUAAUAGAGGUGCUAAAGGUGUUCAGGCAGAUAUCACAAGUGACAAAUCAAAGCCAGCGAUUCCAAAGGCCACUCGUGGGCAGAAGGGUAAGCUUAAGAAGAUCAAAGAGAAGUAUGCAUCACAGGAUGAGGAAGAGAGGAAGAUUCGCAUGACUUUGCUUGCGUCUGCAGGGAAAGCGCUCACAAAGGAAAAAGAGUCACAAGACAAGGAGGGAGAUACAAACAAAUCAAUCAAACCUAUAACAGGUCUAGAUGAUUCCUCCAAAAUAUGUUAUAAAUGUAAAAAGCCAGGCCAUCUUUCUCGGGAUUGUCCAGAGUAUACUUCCGAAAUUGAUCAUUCCAUGAACAAGAAAAUCAAUGGUUCUCUUUCUGAAAAUGUUCAGGAUACAACCUUGGACAAAACAAGUGAUAUGGAUAAAAUUGAGAUGGAGGAAGAUGGCAUCCAUGAGAUAGGGGACGAGGAGAAAGAGAAGCUGAACGAUUUAGAUUAUUUGACGGGCAAUCCCCUUCCUGACGAUAUUCUAUUGUAUGCUGUACCUGUUUGUGGUCCUUACAAUGCUCUGCAAGCAUAUAAAUAUCGGGUGAAAAUUACUCCAGGCACAGCAAAGAAAGGAAAAGCUGCCAAAACUGCGAUGAAUUUGUUCAGUCAUACGCCUGAAGUAACCACCAGAGAGAAAGAGCUGAUGAAAGCAUGUACGGAUGCUGAACUGGUGGCUGCCAUUGUGGGCAAUGCGAAGAUAACAGCACCAGGACUCACCCAACUGAAGCAGAAACAAAAGAAGGGGAAGAAGUCUGGGAAGUAGCAAAGUUUUGUCGGAUAACGAUGAGGCUGUACUGUAAUUUCUGGCAUUUUGUUUUCGCGAAUGUAAACAGUUCUAUUGUCAUGUAGAGCAUACAGAUACAAGUGUUGGCUCGUCACUGAUAAAUGUCCCAGAAAGAGAACGAGGAAAAAAAGAGAGGUGCUGGAUUUUUCUAUU